AUGGGACCCAGCCUGCUGCUUCCUAACCGCCUGGCCAUGAUGGAGACCCUGGAAGAUGCUCCAGACCCCUUUUUUGGAAUGAUGUCUGUGGAUCCCACACUUCCCAGCCCCUUCAGUAUCCCUCAGAUUCGACACCUUCUUGAGGCUGCAACCCCAGAGAGAGUUCUUGAGGAGAUCCCUCCUGAAGUCCCUAUGGAGCCAACAAAGCCAGACAGGAUCCCGGUCACUGUGCUGUCCCCAGAGGCCAUCACCCUCAAAGAGGCAGAGCCCAUACGCAUGCUGCAGAUUGAGGGUGAACGGGACCUUCCGGAGGUCAGCCGGCGAGACUUGGAGCUGCUGAUUGCCGAGGAAGAAGAAGCUAUCUUAUUAGAGGAACGUGAAGAGUACAAGGAGGAGCCCCGGGUCCUGGAGGGAGACAUCAUAUUACCCUCGCUUUCACCUCCAGCUCUUGCACAGGUGGAAGAGGCAGCAGAGCCACUUCCGGUCCCAGUCCCCGAGGAACCGAAGCCAGCAGGCUGGGAGCCUGAGGCCCUACUUACUGAGGUGACCCCUCCACCAGAGCUGCGUCUGCCAGCCCCUCCCAGCCCAGAGAGGAGGCCCCCAGUUGCCCCAUAUCCUGUGAGCCCACCUGCUCGUCGCCGUCGCCGCCGCCAGUUACUGUUCUGGGACAAGGAGACUCAGAUUUCCCGGGAGAAAUUCCGGGAACAACUGCAAACCAGAGCCCACUGCUGGGAGUGUCCAAAGGUGCAGCCUCCUGAGAGGACCAUCAGAAGCCCCACGGAGCUAUUCCAAACCCCAACUCACUCUGGCUGGUUACCCCCAGAACUGCUGUCUUUCUGGACCCGCUGUGCCCAGCCACCCCCAGAAGCACUCAGGCGAAGGCCACCCCUGGAGCCUGAAGAGGAGGCUGAGGAGGAAAGGAGGAGGACUGAAGCUCUGAGCGAUAUUGAGGUCCUGAGAGAGGCCCAGGAGCCCAGCGGGCCCCUCAUGCUGUCUUCAGAACUCUCUCUAGAAGCGGCCGAGGAGGAGAAGACCCGCAUCAGCCUCAUCCCUUCAGAAGAACGGUGGGCCUGGGCCGAGGCAGAGCAGCCAGAGGCCCCUGCACUGCCUGUGGUACCCGAACUCCCUGAAGUGCCUAUGGAGUUGCCUUUGGAGCUGCCCCUGGAGCCCGAGCUGCUGUCGCUGGAGGCUGUGUAUAGGGCAGUAGCACAGGAGCUGCAAGCCAACAGGGAGCCCGAUUUCAGCAGCCUGGUGUCCCCUCUCAGCCCUCGCAGGGUGGCUGCCCGGGCCUUCUAUCUGCUGCUAGUGCUUGCAGCACAACAGAUCCUUCGCGUGGAACAAGAGAAGCCGUACGGGCGCCUCCUGAUGCAGCCGGGGCCCCGAUUCCACUGCGGUUAGAACUAAUUCACAAGCUGCCAGGAUACUGGUUACAUUAAAUAUGUCUUGCCUGCC